CUCUCCUUCUUGUUGCUGGAGUUUGUUGUUCAAAGGAGUACAGACUUCCUCUCCUUCUUGUUGCUGGAGUUUGUUGUUCAAAGGAGCAGCAGAGCUAGCUAGCUAGCUAGUAGAGAGAAAGAUUGACUUCAUUGAGUAAUUCAGUAGAGAAAGCUCGCAGACUCAAUUGCCAGCGAAGGCCGUUGCUACUGUUACCCAUACAAUAGAAGCAAGCACAAUAGCACAAUGGGACGAUCGAUUGGUCCCUUGGAUAUCAUUACCGGAGUGGCGGGUGCCAGUGUCGCUGGGUGGGUAGUUGCCUGCGCCAAGGGCCAUGCACUGACGGCGACGGCCGUGCUGGGAAGCUUGUUGGGUCUGGCAUAUAUUCGAGCACCGUCGAGAACCUUUCCCACUGGUGAAGCCGUGACGGAAUCUGUGGAUCUGACCGGCAAGGUGGCCCUGGUCACUGGCGCUACUUCGGGUAUUGGCGUCGAAACGGCACGAGUCUUGGCAUUACGAGGAGCGCAUGUGUACCUGGCCGCUCGCAAUCCAACCAAGUUGGAUGCCACGCAAAAGCAAUUGUUGGCCGAGUUGCCGUCCACCUGCAAAAUUGAUAUUGUCACGUGUGAUUUGGGUGACUUGCAGUCGGUCAAGCAUUGCGCCAAGACUGUGUUGGCGUCCCAGGAUACAAUCGACAUUGUAAUCAACAAUGCCGGCAUCAUGGCGCUACCCACUCGAACCGAUACCAAGCAAGGAUUGGAAAGUCAGGUCGGUGUCUGCCAUGUCGGUCACUUUUAUCUCACCAAACUCUUGCUACCCGCCAUCCAAAAGGCCCAGGGGCGGAUUGUCUGUUUGAGUAGUUCCGGUCAUGCCAAUCAUGACAUCAAAAAGUGCCUCUCCUCUCCCAAAUUGGAAACGGAUCCUUACGAUGGAUGGGUUGCCUACGGGAACGCCAAGGCAUCCAACCUGCUGAAUGCCAAAGCAUUGAGUACCAAGAUUGACAAUGUGACUGCGUACUCGGUUCAGCCUGGAGGUAUUUUUACGGGUCUCCAGGGUAAUGUGGAUUGGUAUACCAGGUUGCAGUUUUCCGUUGUGGCGCCCUUUUUCUUCAAGAGCGUCCCACAGGGAGCUGCCACCACCCUGUUGUGUGCCACGUCGAAUGAUCCCGAAAAGGUUGUCAAUGGAGAAUAUCACGACAACUGCCAAGCCGACAAAACGGCUUUGGAGAAGGUGAUGGAGGCAGCCGGGAAGGACGUUCCGGAUCAGCUUUGGGAGGCUACUGAGAAGCUCUUGAAAGAUCUGGGGUUUGACUGAUAUGUUCUAAUAACGGAGGCAGUGAAAGCAAGAAGGACCAGAAACUUGACAUGGACUGCUUGCGAUUCCCAGGGCAACCCUUAGCUAGUCACCACGGUAGCUGUCCAUUUAUGAAAUUCUGUUUUGAGAGUGUUUAGCAAGCUAGGACAACUGGAAAGCAUGUACUCAGUAGACAAACACUUUCACCAAACUAAUCAAAAUCAGCAACA